GUGCAGUACGGGCGGUCGGACAGUUACCGCGUGGCAACCACGCAGGACAAAGAUGAUAAAGACUCUCCCAGUAAGAAGAAGAAGGGCGGGAGAGAUCUGGAUGAUCUCAAGAAAGAAGUUCCACUGACGGAGCAUAAGAUGUCUGUGGAAGAAGUUUGCCGUAAAUUCCAGACAGACAUUGUUCAGGGCUUGACCAAUGCAAAGGCAGCAGAGUUUCUGCUGCGAGAUGGCCCGAACGCCCUGACCCCGCCCCCAACCACGCCCGAGUGGGUCAAGUUCUGUCGUCAGCUGUUUGGUGGGUUCUCCAUCUUGCUGUGGAUCGGCGCCAUUCUGUGUUUCUUGGCCUAUGCUAUUCAGGCUGCGACUGAGGAUGACCCCGCGGGAGACAACUUGUAUCUGGGUAUUGUACUGUCAGCUGUGGUCAUCAUCACUGGCUGCUUCUCCUACUUCCAGGAAGCCAAAAGCUCCAAGAUCAUGGAAUCCUUCAAGAACAUGGUGCCCCAGCAAGCCCUGGUGAUCCGUGAGGGGGAGAAGAUGCAGAUUAAUGCAGAGGAGGUGGUGGCCGGAGAUCUGGUUGAGGUGAAAGGAGGAGACAGAAUCCCAGCAGAUCUUAGAAUCAUCUCAUCUCAUGGUUGCAAGGUUGAUAACUCUUCUCUGACCGGCGAAUCAGAACCUCAGACCAGGUCACCUGACUGCACCCAUGACAACCCACUGGAGACACGAAACAUCGCUUUCUUCUCUACCAACUGUGUGGAAGGCACCGCCCGCGGCAUUGUGAUCUGCACUGGAGACCGGACUGUGAUGGGACGCAUCGCCACAUUAACCUCUGGCCUGGAAACAGGAAAGACGCCCAUCGCCAAGGAGAUAGAACAUUUCAUUCACAUCAUCACGGGCGUGGCUGUCUUCCUGGGUGUCUCCUUCUUCAUCCUCUCCCUCAUCCUGGGCUACUCCUGGUUGGAAGCGGUCAUCUUCCUCAUCGGAAUCAUCGUGGCUAAUGUCCCAGAGGGUCUGCUGGCUACUGUCACAGUGUGUCUGACGUUGACGGCGAAGCGUAUGGCCCGAAAGAACUGUCUGGUGAAAAACUUGGAGGCUGUGGAGACUCUGGGUUCAACCUCCACCAUCUGCUCCGAUAAGACGGGCACUCUGACCCAGAACCGCAUGACUGUGGCACACAUGUGGUUUGACAACCAGAUCCAUGAGGCCGACACCACAGAGGACCAGUCAGGUGCGUCUUUCGAUAAGAGCUCAGUGACGUGGGUAGCGUUGGCUCGUGUGGCUGCUCUCUGUAAUAGGGCAGUGUUUAAGGCGGGACAAGACUCUGUACCAAUCCUGAAGCGUGACGUGGCCGGCGACGCCUCCGAGUCCGCCCUGCUGAAGUGUAUCGAGCUCUCCAGCGGAUCCGUCAGAGCCAUGAGGGACAGGAACAAGAAAGUCGCCGAAAUCCCCUUCAACUCCACCAACAAAUACCAGCUGUCCAUCCAUGAGACCGAGGACCCUAACGAUAACCGCUACCUGCUGGUGAUGAAGGGGGCGCCAGAGCGCAUUCUCGACCGCUGUUCCACCAUUUUACUGCAGGGCAAAGAACAGCCCAUGGACGAAGAGAUGAAAGAGGCCUUCCAAAACGCUUACCUCGAACUGGGAGGACUGGGAGAACGUGUACUGGGCUUCUGUCACCUGUUGAUGCCGGAGGAUCAGUACCCAAAAGGCUUUGCUUUUGACACAGACGAUGUAAACUUCCAGACAGAUAAUCUGUGUUUCGUGGGUCUGAUGUCGAUGAUCGAUCCCCCACGUGCCGCUGUGCCUGACGCCGUGGGCAAGUGCCGAUCGGCGGGCAUCAAAGUCAUCAUGGUGACGGGCGACCACCCCAUCACGGCCAAAGCCAUCGCUAAAGGAGUGGGCAUCAUCUCAGAGGGCAAUGAGACUGUGGAAGACAUCGCCGCCCGCCUCAAUAUUCCUGUUAGUCAGGUCAACCCCAGGGAUGCCAAAGCCUGUGUGAUCCAUGGCACAGAUCUGAAGGACAUGUCUCAGGAACAGAUCGACGAGAUUCUGAGGAACCACACAGAGAUCGUCUUUGCCAGGACCUCGCCCCAACAGAAACUCAUUAUCGUGGAGGGCUGUCAGAGACAGGGCGCGAUCGUAGCAGUCACAGGAGACGGUGUGAACGACUCUCCCGCCCUGAAGAAGGCUGACAUCGGCGUUGCCAUGGGAAUCGCCGGGUCAGACGUGUCCAAGCAGGCAGCGGACAUGAUUCUCCUCGACGACAACUUUGCCUCUAUCGUCACUGGAGUAGAGGAAGGUCGUCUGAUCUUUGAUAAUCUGAAGAAAUCCAUCGCCUACACACUGACCAGUAACAUCCCUGAGAUCACGCCCUUCCUCCUCUUCAUCAUCGUCAACAUCCCGCUACCCCUCGGGACCAUCACCAUCCUCUGCAUCGAUCUGGGGACAGACAUGGUUCCUGCUAUUUCUCUGGCGUAUGAAGCAGCGGAGAGUGACAUUAUGAAGCGCCAGCCCAGAAACCCAGCCAGAGACAAACUGGUCAAUGAAAGACUGAUCAGCAUCGCCUACGGACAGAUCGGUAUGAUCCAGGCCCUGGGUGGGUUCUUUAGUUACUUUGUGAUUUUGGCUGAGAAUGGAUUCCUGCCCUCUAUACUGGUUGGAAUCAGACUCAACUGGGAUGAUCGUAGCGUUAAUGACCUGGAGGACAGCUACGGGCAGCAAUGGACGUACGAGCAGCGGAAGAUCGUCGAGUUUACGUGUCACACAGCGUUCUUCGUCAGUAUCGUCGUGGUGCAGUGGGCUGACGUCAUCAUCUGUAAAACCAGACGCAACUCCGUCUUCCAGCAGGGCAUGAAGAAUAAGAUUCUAAUCUUUGGGCUGUUUGAGGAGACUGCAUUAGCAGCAUUUCUGUCCUACUGUCCAGGAAUGGACGUAGCCCUCAGGAUGUACCCACUCAAGCCUAGCUGGUGGUUCUGCGCGUUUCCCUAUAGUUUCCUAAUUUUUGUCUAUGAUGAGAUACGAAAGUUAAUCCUGCGACGCAACCCUGGAGGUUGGGUAGAAAAGGAGACAUACUAUUGA